GCGCCCCCCGGGCGCAGCCCGCCGGCCCUGAGGGCUGUGCCGCGCUGCCCCCCGCCCCGGGGCGCUAUGAGCCAUGAAGCCGCCCGGCAGCAUCUCCCUGCGGCAGGCUGGCUGCCACGGCCGCCGCCGCCCCGCGCUCCUGCCGCUCCUCGGCCGCCUCGUCUGCCUCGUCUCGCUGCUCCUGCUCCUCCAUGGCUCCUGUUCCCGGGCCGGCGCGGCUGCAGCGGCCGCCGGCCUGCAUUGGAAUGAAACAGCAAGCGGUAUAGAGGAAGUUCUGGCAGAUGAAGAGAAUACAUUUCAAAAGAGUAACAGCAGUAACAGUAAAAAUAACAGCUACAGCAAUGCAAUCCAGAAAGAAAUCACACUGCCUUCAAGAUUAAUCUAUUACAUCAACAGAGACUCUGAGACCCCUUACCAUGUCCUGGAUACCAGGGCAAGGCACCAGCAGAAACUUGACAAGGCUGUACAUCUGGCCCAGGCAAGUUUCCAGAUUGAGGCCUUUGGCUCUAAAUUAAUCCUUGACCUCACAUUGAAUAAUGACUUGUUAUCUUCCAAUUAUGUGGAGAUUCACUAUGAAGAUGGAAAACCAAAAUUUUCUAAGGGGGGAGAGCAUUGUUACUACCACGGAAGUAUCAGAGGUGUCCAGGAUUCCAAAGUUGCUCUUUCUACUUGUAAUGGACUUCAUGGCAUGUUUGAAGAUAGUACUYACUUGUACUUGAUAGAACCGAUGGAUCUGACCCACACUGCAGAAAGUCAAAGUAGGCCACAUAUCAUCCAAAGAACUUAUGGAACACAAGCCUCCAAGUUGCAGGACCUUGAGAUUGACUCUAGUUCUGAGUGGCCCUUUCUGUCUGAACUGCAGUGGCUGAGGAGAAGAAGAAAGAGAGCAUUAUCUCGUGGUGUCUUUGAAGAAAUGAAAUAUCUGGAGCUCAUGAUAGUCAAUGACCAUAAAAUGUUCAAAAGGCACCGUUCUUCAACUGCGUACACAAACAAUUUUGCCAAGUCUGUGGUAAACCUUGUAGAUGCUAUAUACAAGGAACAGCUGAACACCAGGGUGGUUCUUGUUGCUGUGGAAACUUGGACAGACAGAGAUCGCAUUAAUAUUCAACCUGACCCUCUGCAGAUGCUCCACGAUUUCUCCAAGUACCGGCAGCACUACAUCAAGCAGCACGCUGAUGCUGUGCACCUCCUCUCGAAUGUGACAUUUCAUUACAAAAGGAGCAGCUUAAGUUACUUUGGAGGGGUUUGCUCUGUGGCCAGAGGAGUAGGAGUGAAUGAGUAUGGCCUCCCUUUGCCCAUGGCACAGGAACUAGCACAAAGUCUGGCUCAGAAUCUUGGAAUACAAUGGGAGCCAGCUGCCAGAAAACCAAAGUGUGACUGCACUGAAUCCUGGGGUGGUUGCAUCAUGGAGGAAACAGGGGUAUACCAUUCCAGGAAAUUCUCCAAAUGCAGCAUUGCAGAAUACAAAGAAUUUUUACUUCGUGGGGGAGGUGCCUGUCUUUUUAACAGGCCAACAAAGCUCUUUGAAGCCACCGAGUGUGGAAAUGGAUAUGUAGAAGCAGGAGAAGAAUGUGAUUGUGGUUUUCGAAUGGAAUGCUAUGCAGACUGCUGUAAGAAGUGCUCUCUUUCUAACGGAGCUCACUGUAGUGAUGGACCCUGCUGUAAUACAUCAUGUCUUUUUUUUCCACGAGGUUAUGACUGUCGCUAUGCAGUGAAUGAGUGUGACAUUGCAGAGUUCUGCACUGGGGAUUCUGGACAGUGUCCACCAAAUCUWCAUAAACAAGAUGGGUAUGCCUGUGAUUCUAAUCAGGGUCGUUGCUAUAAUGGUGAAUGCAAGACAAGAGAUAAUCAGUGCAAAUAUAUCUGGGGAUCUAAGUCUUCAGGAUCUGACAAAUUUUGUUAUGAAAAGCUUAAUACAGAAGGCACAACAAAAGGAAACUGUGGAAAGGAUGGAGACCGAUGGAUUCAGUGCAGCAAACAUGAUGUUUUCUGUGGCUUUUUGCUCUGUACUAAUCUUACUAGAGUUCCACGAGUUGGCCAAGUUCAAGGAGAAAUUAUCCCAAAUUCUUUUUAUCAUCAAGGACGCAUAGUGGACUGCAGUGGUGCUCAUGUUCUUUUAGAUGAUGAUACAGAUCUAGGUUACGUGGAGGAUGGAGCUCCAUGUGGACCUCAGAUGAUGUGUCUGGACAAAAAGUGCCUGCCAAUUCAGUCCUUGAACAUAAGCAGCUGUCCCAUUGGAUCCAAUGGAAAAGUCUGUUCUGGUCAUGGGGUUUGUAGUAAUGAAGCCACUUGCAUUUGYAAUUUCUCCUGGGCUGGGACAGACUGCAGCAUUGAUGAUCCUGUCAGGGAUACUGGUGGCAAGAAGGAUGAAGGACCCAAGGAAAUGUCAAAAAACGAAGGUUCGAUCCAAGUCAACAAGGCCCUAUCUGAAGAAAUGCCAUUCAAAAAGCUGCUUCUUGCRCUACUGGAUUUUGGCAUGUUGUACAGCGGAUGUUCUGGGCUUGCUCAAAAAAGGCAGAUAACAGCAUGCAGAUGCAGGGAGUUCUGACACCAAACAGAUGUGAUCUAAAGUUUGUAUGCUUGAAACCAAAAACAAUUAAAAUGUAUAAAUGCAUAUCUAUGUAUUGACUAUAAGUCUGAAUUACUUUUUUUUGGGCUGUUAUACAGACUUUUACAUAAUGUGUAGUAUAAGUAACACUCUCUCAAACUAAUCACAGAAGUGCCAAGCUUUUGUUUUUUUUAAGUAUAGCUACAUUUUUUCUGCCUAGAUCUUGUAAAAUAAAAACUUAAGUAAGCCUUAAAAUGCUCAAAAAAUGUUAAAGCUUGGAAUGAGUUAUUCUUCUCUUGCCUUCUGUCCACCCACUCAAAGCAGCUUGCAAAGGUGACUGACCUUUUAAACUCACUCCCUGUAUCUCUUUGAUGCAUGCCACUUUUCAAAGUUUUGCAAGAUUAGUACUUUGACCCAUGGCUACUGAUGGCCAGUUGCCAUCACAUUACAUGCAAAAUCCCAUGAAAUUUCAGGUGUGUUGUCGUUCCUUUUAGAAACACCUUCUGCACAAACAUAGAUUUUUGCAGGGUAGUCCUGGGCAGCAGUCCUGUGUCCCUAGGAACCAGACUAGCCUGACUGCAGCUGCCUUGAGAAAAAUAUGGGAAGAUGUUUAGUUUAGGCCUUACUUAAAGUACAGAGCUSUACAGUCUGGAUAAUCCUUUUAAUCUUGACUUAAAACUUAAAUAAUUUGCUAAGUGAAGUAACUKAAAAUUUAAUUGCUGCAUCUGAUAAUCCAAAUCAAAGACUUUUGCAAUUUUGGAUUUGAUUUAAAAGUUGUAGUUUAGUAAUAACACUACUGACUGCAUCUUUGUUCAGUUGAAAUCCAUUUUCCAAGUUAGCUUUAAGAGCCAAAACACUAAGAAAAUGCUGCAGACAUUUUCCUGUGAGUUAGAAAACCUCAUUUCAAUUAUUUUUCUUGUUACAAUAAUGUUCAAUUCUAUAGUCUCACAAUGUAUUGGUUUUGAUUCACAGUUACCAAAUAUUUUCAAUUAGCUUUAACAUAAUCACAUUUACACUUACUACGUUAUAAGUUAAAGGUGCUGCACACAGGUAGUUGACAUUAAUAGAAAUUAUAAACCUUAUUCUGAAAAAUUCUUGCUUGGCUUCAAGCAGAAUUAAAUUAGUGACUUUUGUCUGAUGAMAAACCAAAAAUACUUGCAACUGUAYUGUGGUUCUCUAAAAAUGCUUUGAUUGGGAACACAAUGUCUAGCUUUUUUGGGUCCUGCUUCCAAAGCAAGCACAACCCACAACACUAGUGGUAUCAAAUAUUAAAAUCAGUCAACUGGAUAUGCAUAAACUACCUGUGUAAUAAACCUUGGAGAAGCAUUUCACAAACAACAUUGUUAGUGUGCGAUGUGAUGUUUUAAAUCAGACCACAGUGGUCCCCAACUACUAUGUAUAUAUGUUCAGUGCUGGAGUAACUUUUUUAUUUACACCAGCAGUUUCAUAAGAAUUCUGAUUUCCUGACUGACUUUGUGCUGCAGUCCUCAGCCACUGUGUGUAUGGGAAG